AGCAGCCACUGGAGGCAGACAUCUGUUUGAAGGUAAAAAAGAUCAACUCCAUUGGAAGUGACAUAGAAUAAUCAAGGGUGGAAGAGACCUUUGAGAUCAUCAAGUCCAAACAUCAACAUGUCAUUAUCACGGUUAACCCCCAAACCACAUCCCCCAGCACCAUACCCAGACACGUCUUAAGCACCUCCAGGAAUGGCGACUCACCCUAACAGUGAUUAUUUUUUUCCUCUUUGUCUCAUCUGAGGGUGGUGAGGCCCUGGCACAGAUUCGCCGGAGAUGCUGUGGCUGCCCCAUCCCUGGCAGUGUCCAAGGCUAGGCUCGAUGGGGCUCUGAGCAGCCUGGGACAGUGGAAGGUGUCCCUGCCUAUGUCAGGGGGUUGGAACAAGAGUACCUUUGUGGUCUGCGAUUCUUUGAUAAUCGAAAUCUCCCCUGAAAUCUCAUCCUGAGGCCAUUUCCUCUUGUCCCUUCCCUGCGUAUACCUCACUACCCCCUCCUUUCAGAGAGCUGCAAAGAGUGAUGAAGUCUCCCCGCCCGAGCCUCCUUUUCUCCCGACUCAACACCCACGCCCCCCAUCUCCCGGGACACGUUCACGAGCCUGGCUGGGCAAGCUCCCGCUCGUUUCCCACACACGUUUCCCGGCGGCAACGCCGGCGGCUCUUCCUCCCUCGGGCGGGCGCGGGGCCUGAUGUCCCCGGCACCAGCGUUCCCUCCCCGUGGGCUCCCCGCCCUCCGUGUCUGCCUGUGUCUGUCUGUCCGUCCCUCUGUCCGCCCCAUCCGGCGCGGCCGUGACGCCGCGCGCCCCCAUUGGGCGGUUCAAGAGUCGCGGGCUACUUGAACGGCGCGGGCGGCUCCAGGCGCGCCCGUCCCCGGCCCCGCCGCUCCGGCCCUGCCGUCGCCCCGCCGUCCUCUCCGCCCCCUCCACCGUGCCCGCCGCUCCUGCUGCGGCCAUGUUGGCGGAGCAGGAGAACCAGGAGAACGUGCCCCCGCCGGCGGCCGGCAAAGCCGCGGCGCCGCCGCCCGCCGCCGGCACCCGCGUGGCGCUGGGGCUGCUGCGGGGAGCGCAGCAGCGCGCCGGGAUCCCGCUGCAGGCGGCGCGGGGCGGCUGCGAGGGCCAUGGCGCGGCGGCGGGGCUGCAGCAGCAUCAACAUCAGCCUUUCUCCAUCCAUGUGGACGAGCCCGAUGGGGAGCGGGAGCCGCGGCGGCAGCGGGGCGUCCCGGCGGGGCAGAAGGAGGAGGCGGCGCUGGGGCUGCGUGCGGCCGUGUGUGCCCUGGGGGAGCGGCGGCCCCUGGCCCCCCUGAGCAACGCCAUGGAGCUGAGCUUCGAUUCUCCAAGUAUUAUGGAUAUUUCAAUAACCUCAGAAACAGAAGAGAAAGCACCAAACGUUAAUAAUGUGCCAGACUAUAUCAGCGAAAUCCAUACAUACCUGAGGGAAAUGGAGGUGAAAUGCAAGCCCAAAAUAGGUUACAUGAAGAAGCAACCUGAUAUCACAAACAACAUGCGGGCUAUUCUUGUGGACUGGCUGGUGGAAGUUGGAGAAGAAUACAAAUUACAGAACGAAACCCUGCACUUAGCUGUAAAUUACAUUGAUAGGUUUCUUUCUUCCAUGUCUGUUUUGAGAGGAAAACUUCAGCUUGUGGGUACUGCAGCUAUGCUGCUGGCAUCAAAGUUUGAAGAGAUCUACCCUCCUGAAGUAGCUGAGUUUGUCUACAUCACAGACGACACCUACACCAAGAAGCAAGUCCUAAGGAUGGAGCACUUAAUUCUGAAGGUUUUGUCAUUUGACUUGGCAGCUCCAACAAUCAACCAGUUCCUCACCCAGUACUUCCUACACCAGCAGACAGAUGCUAAAGUGGAGAGCCUGUCAAUGUACCUGGGAGAGCUGAGUCUAAUUGAUGCUGAUCCUUACCUGAAAUACUUGCCAUCAGUUAUUGCUGCUGCAGCAUUUCAUCUGGCAGACUACACACUCACUGGACAAACCUGGCCUGAAUCCCUGUGCAAAGUAACUGGCUACACCCUUGAAGACAUCAAGCCUUGCCUCAUAGACCUACACAACACCUACCUCAAAGCAGCCCAGCACACACAACAGUCCAUAAGGGAAAAGUACAAGAGUACCAAGUACCAUGGAGUAUCGCUCAUUGACCCACCAGACACACUAAACUUAUUGUAAUAAUCAAGAGACUGAUCUUUUUAAGAGAUGUAUAUUACCAGGAAAGGAUGUACAGUUCUAAACAUGGUUCUGGAUUCUAGACAUGAUCACUCAGAAUAUGAAAGCAGCCUUUGAUGACUUCAAUUGUGAAGUUUAGUUUCAUGUGGUUUUAAUGUAAAUCUUUUGUACAUGCAAUCUUUUAAAGAGUUUUAGCUAUGUUUUUAUUGAAAUGUUCUCCAGGCACAGAAUUAACCAUGCUGGCCACGUGAAGUCUGAGACUGCUUAUCUAAUUAUAGACUAAAUAUUAAUAUUAGCAGUGCAUUAUUAUAGUAGGGUUUUUUUCUCCUUCUGCAUAAGAAAGACUUGGUCACCACAGAAUAUCAGUAGCAUUUUUAUACUGUCUAGUUUAAACUGAAACUUAGCAUAGAUCCAAAAUGUGCCUUAAUGGCUACAAAACUGGAAGAAACUCUAUGGCCACAAGGAAAACUCCUCGCUGGAAUCAAUUAAUGAGGCUCUUUAGUAUGUGCCCCAGUUGCUGUAUAAUGUAGUGCCAGAUCUUCAUCAGGGGAAAAGCUGAAUGCUCUGCUGCAGGGACUGCACAGUUAAAACCCCUGCACCAGUUCAUACCUCACACUUCCACUACACAGAAAAUGGUCUUGCUGUUGGUAUUUUCUAGUUAGUCCAAGUGCAAAACUGGUACUAAUCUAUACCCAUGGAGUUCUCAUUAAUGUAUUGGCUGUCCCAAAAGUUCAUUGAUGCCUGCUGAGAAAAUUAGUCCUCAGUCUGCUUGCUUUGUACUUCUGUAGGGGUGGUGGAGGGAUUAAACUGCAGUGGGUGAACUGCUGCUCUGCGCCCUCAAGGGCAGGGACUGUCUUCUUGCAUGGAUGGGUUGCAUGCAGUGCAGCAGGAAUUCUGCACACUCCUCAAGCUUGGGAGAGGAGCUCCUCUGUGGCACAGUGAAAAUGUGCCAUAUUUUUCCUUAGUUCUGGAAUUGUUAGAUGAGCAAACUGGCAUUCAAUCAGCAUUAGAUCAAGUGGAUGUUUACCUUCAGCCUGUGUAAAUGGAUUGAUGCUGCCCUGUACCCGCUGUUGUUUGCAUGUAAAGCAUCGAGUGCGUGGAAGUGGGCUGAAUUGAGCCAUUUCCAGGUUGGCUAAUAAACAGGUUUUGUAUCUGA